AUUACCUGAUAUCUGUAUCACAACCAGGUACUAGCAGAGCAAUAAAAGCAGUAGCGAUGGGUAUUACACAAUUGCUUGCCAAUGAGUGGAUCAAAUUCCCAAAUACAAAUGAAAAACGAGCAGCUUUAAAAGAAAGAUUUCAAAAGGAAAGAAAUUUUAAAGGAGUAAUAGGCUGCAUAGAUUGCACUCAUGUUGCUAUUGUAAGACCAACACAUCACGAGGAAUCAUAUUUAAACCAUAAAGGUUUUCAUUCCAUUAAUGUUCAGGCAAUAGCAUCACACGAUUUGGAAAUCUUAAACAUCAAUGCCAGAUUUCCUGGAAGUGUCCACGAUAACUUUAUAUGGAGAUAUUCUGCCGUAAGUGAUUUUAUGCAACAAUUUUAUGAUUCCGGAGAUCGAUCAACAUGGCUUUUGGGCGAUGCAGGUUACGGUUUGGAACCUUGGCUGAUGACACCUAUCACAGAUGCAGCAGCAGAAAGCGCAGAAGCAAGAUAUACGCAGUGUCACACAUCUACAAGAAAUUGUAUCGAAAGAACUUUUGGACUUUUAAAAAAUGUGUGGAGAUGUCUUCUUAGUCAUCGUUACGGUUUGGAACCUUGGCUGAUGACACCUAUCACAGAUGCAGCAGCAGAAAGCGCAGAAAAUAUGAUAUUAACGAAGAGAGUGAAGCUGCAGCCGUGCAAAGAGCUGCACUUCAACAGAAUAUUGAAGCACAUAAUCGCGUUAGAGCGUUAG